AUGAAGUCAAGAAGACCAAAUAAUCCUUGGAGAUUAUAGAAAAUGGCGACAAUUUCAGUUCUUGCACUAAUCAUGCUAAACUAAGAAAUUACUGUAAACGGUACUGCUGUCACCUAUUGUGGUGAUGCUAUCAAAAAUGGUUCAGAAGAUUGCGAUGAUGGAAAUGAUAAAAGUGGAGACGGGUAAACUUUCCUUAUAUAGUUUAAAUUUAUUUUUAGAUGUUCUUCCGCGUGUGCUAUUGAAAUAGAGUUUGAUUGCGUUGUCAAUACAAAUCCGUCAGUUUGUACUGAGAAAUGCGGUGAUGGAAAAAAUUUAAAAACGGCUGGUGUGACUCAAUGCGAUGAUUCAAACAAUGUUUCGGGCGACGGUUGUAGCACAAGUUGUACGAAAGAAGAUGGUUGGACUUGUAGUGGAGGAUCCAAAACAACUCCUGAUGUUUGCACUCAAAUAUGUGGAGACGGUUUAAACUUAGUAAACUCUAAUCAAUAUGAUACUGGAAGUGCCUGUGAUGAUAAAAACUCAAUAAGAUAUGAUGGCUGUUUCAACUGUAUUGUAGAAGAUGGCUGGUAUUGCUUACCAGAAGGUCCAGGUGACCUUGAUGAUGCUACCACUUGCUAUGAAAUCUCUAUGGAUGGAAAAGAUUUUGGAAGUUUCGCCUGCGAUGUUGUGACUGACUCAACAUCUGGUUGUGUUGCUGGAGUUAUUUAGACUGGCUGGGAAUGCUCCGGAGGAUCAAGAACUGCCCCUGACACCUGUACAGAAAUCUGCGGAGAUAACUAUCAUUGGGGUUCAGCGUUAGAUUCAACUUAAUGCGAUGAUGGAAACUUUGUUGAUCUUGAUGGCUGCAGCAGUGAAUGCGUAACUGAAGAUGGAUUUUACUUAGCUGGUACAUAUACUUAUGACGUUAAGCAAGCUUAUACUGAGGCCUGCGAUCAUUACGAUUACGGUUAUUUAGCUUGCGAUUGUGGAACAACUGAUUGCAGUGGAUGUUACGAUUGCGCAGUUGUUGCUGGCUACUCUUGUGUUCCACCUGAUUCUCCUGCUGAUGGAUCAGUUUGUACUGAGAUCUGUGGCGAUUCAAUAAACUACGACACAGCAAACUAUUGUGAUGAUGGAAAUACAAAAAACAAUGACGGUUGCUCAGGCACCUGUACUGUUGAGUUUGGUUUCUAAUGCGAUGAUACAACAACAACCACCAAAGAUACUUGCACCGAAAUUUGCGGUGAUGGAUAUGACUACAAAAGAUAUCAAUGUGAUGAUGGAAAUCUAUAUGACUAUGAUGGUUGCUCACCAACUUGUACUGUUAAUGAUGGCUGGUACUGUACUGGAGGUACUAAAACAAAUCCAGACACCUGCUAUGAAGUUUGUGGAGAUGGAAGAAAUUAUAAAUACUGGAUUGUUGGUUCAACUGCUUGCGAUGAUGGUAACAAUGAUAACUAUGAUGGAUGCGAUUCUAACUGUGUCACUGAAUAUGGCUAUGACUGCACUGGAGGUGACUAUGACAGUACUGAUCUCUGUUCAGAAAUUUGUGGAGAUGGAAUCAAAUUCGAUCUCUCUGUUUCUACUUACUGUGACGAUGGAAACGUAAAUGCUGGUGAUGGAUGCAAUGCAAAUUGUUUGAUUGAAAAUGGCUUCUCCUGCUCUGGAGGAAGUACUACCCAUUAUGAUACAUGCUAUGAAAAUUGCGGAGAUGGAAGAAGAUUCACAGAUGCAGGUACGACUACUUUCUGUGAUGAUGGUAACCUUGUUGCAUAUGAUGGUUGUAAUACCCUAUGUGGUGUUGAGGACGGUUAUUACUGCAUUGGUGGUACAGCAAGUUAGCCAGAUAUUUGUUAUGAAAUUUGUGGUGAUGCCAAAAACUUUGGUCAUUUCGAAUGUGACGAUGGUGAUGUAUAUGAUUAUGAUGGCUGUAACAGUGAUUGUCUUGAAGAAACAGGAUAUGAUUGUAGAGGAGGCACUUCUACAGGACCAGAUACUUGCUAUGACAUCUGUGGAGACGGAACAGUUAUGCUCUAAAAUGUAUGCGAUGAUGGUUCAAUGGGUACUAUUGAUGGGUGCUUAGAUGACUGUACAAUUAGAGACGGUUGGUACUGUUAUGGAGGAGAUUAUGAUACCGCCAGUGCUUGCUAUGAAAAAUGCGGAGACGGUAUACACUACAGUUAUGAUAUGUCAAAUAUGCAAUGCGAUGAUGGCAAUAAUUAUGAUUAUGACGGAUGUUCUUCCACUUGUAUGCUAGAAUAAGGUUGGACUUGCACUACUAAUUUCUAUCCCACAGCUGGUUAUGAUACUGCAACAGCAUGCGCAGAAGUUUGUGGUGAUUCAAUGAAUUUUAAUACUCUUGCUACUUAUUGUGAUACAGGUGCUGCCCACGAAGGAUGUGUUGAUUGCACUGUUGUUGAUGGAUGGUAUUGCGGCUUUGGAGGUUAUACUACAUCAGAUACUUGCUAUGAAAAAUGUGGAGACACCAAAAACUGGGGCGCACUUCCUUGCGAUGAUUUGAAUACAUAUGAUUACGAUGGUUGCACCAGUGACUGUUCGGUUGAAGAUGGAUGGUAUUGUCUUUUUGAAAGCACUCCAAUGGAAGGAACAUUUGCCUCAGCUUCAACAACACCUACAAAUUGUUACGAAAAAUGUGGAGAUGGUUAUGAUUUUUCAAGAUUUGAAUGUGAUGAUGGAAACUCUGUAAUAAAUGAUGGUUGUAAUGUAGACUGCGAAAUCGAAGAUGGAUUUUAUUGCACUGGAGGAACUUAUGAUUCAGCAGAUCAUUGUUAUGAAGUCUGUGGAGAUGCAUUCGACCUAAGAUUAUUAGGAUGUGAUGACGGUAACAGUGUUUAAUAUGAUGGCUGUUAUGACUGCGCUAUUGAGGAUGGAUGGUAUUGUCCAGGAUAUGAUGUUGCAGCAGUAGGAUUUACAGGAACAAAAACACCUGUUUACUAUCCAACAAAGUGCUACGAUACUUGUGGUGAUGGAAAAUUGGUUGAUAGUUUAACUUAUUCAUGUGAUGAUUCUAAUUCUGUAUCUAAUGAUGGAUGCAGCAACAAAUGCUAGAUCGAAAGAGGUCACUAUUGCAAUGGCGGUACAAGAACAACUAGAGACUACUGCUACGAAACUUGUGGAGAUGGAUAUAACUUCCCAACAUUUACAAAUGAUUGUGACGAUGCAAAUACUAACAGUAAUGACGGCUGUAACAAUAAAUGCCAAGUCGAAGAUGGAUGGUACUGCUAUGGAGGUGGUCCAUAUGCUCAAGAUACCUGCUAUGAAAUAUGUGGGGAUUAAUAUGAUCAUGGAAAAUUUGAAUGUGAUGAUGGAAACAAUCUAGCUAAUGAUGGUUGUAACGCUGAUUGCGUAGAAGAAGCAGGAUGGGACUGUUCUGGAGGGAGCAGCACUUAAGGUGAUGUUGACAAAUGUUAUGAUGUUUGUGGUGAUGGUCUUCAUAUGCCAGAUGGCCGUUCAAACUAUUGUGAUGAUGCUACUAGCACUGCAAACGAUGGUUGUAUAAAUUGCGCAAUCUAAGAUGGAUGGUACUGUUACGGAGGAACUUCAUUAUUACCAGAUCACUGUUAUGAAAAUUGCGGUGACUUAUAUGAUUAUGGUACUCUAGGCUGUGAAGAUGGUAACACUAAGGCAUCUGAUGGCUGCUCUGCAACUUGCACAGUAGAGCCUGGAUAUACAUGCACAGGUGGUUCUGCAUCAGGCGUAGAUACUUGUUAUGAAAUUUGUGGUGAUCAAUACGACUUUGGUAAAUAUGCUUGUGAUGAUGGUAACACUUCACCCGGUGAUGGUUGCUCAGCUACGUGCACAUUAGAAUCAGGAUUUGCAUGCACAGGUGGUUCCUCAUCAGGUCCAGAUACUUGUGAUUCAGUUUGCGGAGAUGGUCUUAUUAGAAAAUUAGAAGUGUGUGAUGAUCAAAACACCUAUGAUGGAGAUGGAUGCUCUAAUGAAUGCACUGUAGAACCAGAAUAUGAUUGUACUGCAGCAGAGCCUUCAGUGUGCACUGAAAAAUGUGGCGAUGGAAAGAAUAUGGGAUAAGUUGAAUGUGAUGAUUAAAACAAUGCUGAUGGAGAUGGAUGUAGCGCCUUAUGUAAAGUUGAAGAGGGAUGGAAAUGUUCAGGAGGUGAUCAUUCUAAUAAAGAUGUCUGCACAGCAACCGAUUUUAUCACUCCAAGCUUGACAGAUUGUGCAACUUUCGCUGCUAAAUUUGAAUAAACAUGCACAAAUAAUGUCUUCGCAACCCCUACUGACUUUGAUACAAUGGCUUCUGAAACUCACACCUGCCAAGAUAAUUAUGGAGGUCUUUGUGCUGGAACUCUCGAUGGCAAUGGAUAUUGUGCAUGGAGUAGAAAACUCUGUGUAACAUGCAGAAAAGACUUCGAUACUGGUUAUGUAUUGAUUAGAGUAAAGACUAACUCAUUACCAGAUCAUUGCUACUAUGCCAAUAAAUACGCUCCUAUUGAAAAUGAAAUUGAUUUCGAAGUUGCCUUUGCAUUGAAAAACAAUACUAUUAACACCCCAGUAACAUCUAUUACUACUUAAGCUGAUUAUGAUGCAUUACUUUGCUCCUACGGAUGGCCAAACAAGACUAUUUCAACUGAUAACUUAGCUAUUAUGUAAUAUAGUGAGUUGAAUACUCCUUCUGCAAAUGAAGCAGUUGACAUGUUCAAGAUAGUAGGUAUUGCACUUAAUGGAGUUCCAUUCUUUGCUGGUACCUCAGAACUUGGAUUUGAUGUAUUCUCGCCAAAGGCAUAUAAUGGAUAGUCAGCUAAAUCUAUUCCUGUUGACUUGUGUCUAGGCAAUAAUGAUUACACAAGAUACUAUCAUUACUAUUCCAAUUCACCCUGCAUUCUUACAGGAACAUAGAAAGCAGCAAUCGCUGGUGGAUUAUGUACUGAUGAUACUAAUUGCAACUCUAACAAGACUAAAUUCCUAAUUACAACUAGAACAACAUUCAAGAAUCUCCAAGAAAUUGGUAUUGCUAGGGAUGGUAGAAAAAUUUUAGGACCUUACAAGGCUGAUGGAUCAGUUUGGAGUGCAUGCGAGGUAGAUCUUUGUAAUGGUGCUUAUGUAAACAAUGAGUAUGUUUAUGUCACAACUGUUUUCCAUCCAUACACUAUCUCAUGUUUUGCAAGGGGAAAUUGGCCAGUAUUUACACCAGCAUGUUCAAAGAGUCCAAGAACCUGCGCAGGAGAAAGUUCAGGAGUUAUAACUUCAAUCACCUAUUUCUUUGUCUUAGCCUUUAUAUCAUUCGCUCUAUUACUCCAAUGA